UUACUACUCAGCCAGAUGUUGACACGUGUCACCUCCUUUUUCUACACUCUUGACCGAAACAUCCCCCAUUUCCUGAAAAUCAAAAUUCACAUCUUUACCUUCUUCUUCUUCUUGCUUGAUAAUAUCAGCUACCAUGGAAUUCAUGACAAUACUCCCCCCUUUCACAUAUCCUUGUCCCCAAGGAUCAAAUUUGGGGAAUUUCUUUCGGAGGAACUGGACAUCCUCCCAGCUAUUCAAGGACGAGUCUUGGCUGUUCCAGACCACCAAUACUUGGUGAAUUUCUCUACCAUUCCUCUUGACGACCCUUUCCUGCAAAAUUCCCGAUGGCUCUACCACAAAAAUUCCAUCUUGGUCCGCUACAAGAAGUGCGGGAGCGGAUUCAGUGCCCGGACUGAGUGCGAGCUUCAAGAGCGAUACAUGGAACACCAGGUGGAUCUUAGCACCAGGGGGCAACUCCAAACGGUUCUGCCGGAGGUACACUGAAUUCUGCCGGAAAGGUUGAAGCUUGAGGAAAACGAAGUCCCCUACUUGAUAUUCCUUCUCUGUCCUCUUCAGAUCUGCAUACUGCUUCAUGCGGUUCUGAGCUACAGUGAGGUGGUUUU